UGGAGGCGAGGCAGCUGCGAGCAGAGUCUCCUCCCACCGACGCUCCCGCUCCGCAAUCCUCUCGCUCUGCGCAUCCAGCUCCAAGUCUUUGUUGGAGCCCGGCGGGAGGAGGAGGCGGCGGUGGUGCUGAAGGAGCCGGCCCGAGCCGCACGCUGCUCAAAGUUAGCGGCAACUUCGCAGAGAAUGCGCCCAAAGUCCGCGAUUCUCUUGCUGCUGGCGGUGGGCGCGUCGGCAUCCUACGAAGCGGAGCAGAAUGACUCCGUCAGCCCCAGGAAGGCGAGGCUGGCCGCCCAGAACUCAGCGGAUGUCGUUCGAUGUCUGAACAGUGCCCUCCAGGUAGGAUGUGGUACAUUUGCUUGCCUGGAAAACUCUACCUGUGACACAGGUGGCAUGCAUGACAUCUGCAAAUCCUUUCUCUACAGUGCGGCUAAAUUUGACACUCAGGGGAAAGCAUUUGUGAAGGAGAGCUUGAAGUGCAUUGCCAACGGCAUCACCUCCAAGGUGUUCCUUGCCAUUCGGAGAUGCUCCACGUUCCAGCGGAUGAUUUCCGAGGUGCAAGAGGAAUGUUACAGCAAGUUGAAUAUAUGUGGCAUUGCAAAGAGGAACCCGGAAGCGAUUACAGAAGUGGUCCAGCUUCCAAAUCACUUUUCAAACAGGUAUUACAACAAACUUAUAAGAAGCCUAUUGGAAUGUGAUGAAGAGACUGUGGCUACCAUAAAAGACAGUUUGAUGGCAAAAAUCGGUCCGAACAUGGCCAGCCUCUUCCAUCUCCUGCAGACCGAUCACUGCGCCCAAAUCCACCCUAGGGCAGACUUCAGCCGGAGGCGUAUUGCUGAGCCUCAGAAGCUAAAAAUUUAUUUCAGGAAUCUCCGGGGUGAGGGCCCCGCUCCACCCCACAUGAAACGUACUUCUUCGGAAAGUGUGUAAUGUUGUGUGAUGGGGAGCGCAAGUGUGUAGGGAAUCCAAGCUCUACCAAAGUAGGAAACUUUACUCCACCCCCCCCUAGCAUUCAAUACACAUCAGCAAUGUACUGUAACUGAUCUUAAGAGCACUGAGCCAAUCUAAAAAAAAAAAGCAUGUGGCAUAGACCUCCUGGGACUGUACGACUUCAUUAUGUAGGUGAGAGAAUCGCAUAUGGAAAUACUCUCCUAUAUCACUUUCCAGAGUCAUUUGGAUGGGGCAGUAUAUGAAUUAAAGAAAUAACUGCAUGCAUGCACACACACACACACACCUCUGUACUUUAAAAAGGGAAAAUCCUUGGCAUAUCCAAAAAGCCUAGGCUAGAAGCAUUUUCCUUGAUAUCCUCGUUUUCUGCAGGUAAUUUGAGGGGAGGUACGCAGGCGUGCAAUUCCUUACCUGCAUCCUGAAAUGGUACAGUCUCAUGGAGUCUGUUCCACAUGCUUGGGUUGAAUAUAUAGACUGGCCCUUAGAAACUGGUUUUAGAGUUGGGUUUAAAAUUUUCUGUCCCCCUCUUCAGACAAACUGCAUGGAACUAUGAUUUUGCUUGGGGAAGAGAUCCCCAGUGUCCUAGCUUCCUGCAACAGAAAUGCCCUCAUCUGUUCUUCUCCCCCCCCACCACCACCACCACACCCCCAGAUAUCGAAUGGACUUGGGCUUUUCAAUAGCAAUCUUAAUAGCACUUCUUCAGCAAACACCAAACUAUCACUGUACUGUAGCUAAAACACCUUUGCAGCCGGAAGGUAGUGGAACCAAAUGGAGAGGGGGUGGGGUCAAAAAGAAUCUCGUGCACAUUGUAGGGAUGGCGGCAGGACCCACUUCAUGAAGGGUGCUAGCACCAGACAAACGCAAGUAUCAAAGGUUAGCUCUUGGUCUCAGUGUUGUGGUCUCCCUUCUCUGAAGCAUGAGCUUCUGUUCGAGCAGGGGUUCUCAAUCUAGUCUCCAGAUGUUGGACUACAGCUCCCAUGGUACCCAGCCCCAAUGGCCAAUAGUCGGGGUGGUGGGAGUCGUAGUCUAACAGCUGGUGAACCACAGUUGUGCAGCCCAUGCUUAUUGGCUAGCAGUGGCACUGCAGUUGUGGGGAGGGGUGGGUGGCAGUGGCCCUUGGGAAAACUACACUUCCCAAGGGUGGUUGUGCAGCACUUUAGGUCCCAGAAAGCAGGGAGGAGGGAAAUCUUCACAUAGGUACACUGGAUGCUGCCUUCUACAGAGUCAGAUCACUGGUUGGUCUAGCUCAGUAUUGUCUACAGACUGGCAGCAGCUUCUCCAAGGUUGCAGACAGGAGUCUCUCUCAGCCCCUAUCUUGGAGAUGCUGCCUGGGAGGGAACCAUCCCCUAAAACAGGCCUGCUCAACUUUGGCCCUCCUGCAGAUGUUGGCCUACAACUCCCAUAAACCUUGAGUGUAGGCCACAGUGGCUGAGGACUAUGGGAGUUGUAGUCCAAAAACAGGAGCUGAGCAGCCCUGCCCUAAGAGGUAUAUCUUACAGUGUUCAUGCAAGUAGGCUCCCCUUCAAAUGCAAAUCAGGGCAGACCCUGCUUAGCAAAGGGGACAAUCCAUGCUUGCGACUACAAGACCAGCUCUCCUCCUUUCCUCUCUCUUCCUAUGGCCACAGUAGUCCCAUUCCCGGCCACCACCAACCACCCAGCCAGAAGAAGGGGGAAGGGGAGAAUAACCAAGCUUGGAUUUUAAACCAGGCCUGCCCCACUUUGGACCCCCCAGCCGUGUUUGGACUACAACUCCCAUAAUCCCCAGCCACAGUGUGCAAUUGCCAGGGAUCAUGGGAGUUGUAGGCCAGCAUCUGCAGGAGGGCUGAAGUGGAGCAGUCCUGUUUUAAACCAAGCCAAAGAUGACUUUGGGUGCUCCAAAUUCUUGCCACUUCUUUGGAGUAAGCAUCUUGUAUUCAAGCCUGGGUAUGGCAAGCUAUGCCAGUAUCUCUGCUUCUUGAUGUGCUGAAAAGCAUGCAUAAAAGAGUGAGCUCUGUGGGGAGCAUUUUCUUUACAUGGAGCUCCUGACUGCCAUCUGGAAUGAAGCGACCCAUAAUACAGGCUUGCUACCUCACUGAGACCUAGAAGCUCUCUCUUUCAUGAGCAUAAUGUUCUGCAGUCCUGGGACAUCUCUACAGUGUUUAAGAGGGGAUUGUGUUGGCGAACUAGAUGUGAGGGCUGGAAAGCACUUGCAUUGCUUCAGAGAAAGCGAAUAACCUUAUGUACUGUAUCUUCAGUCAAAGCUUUAAAGGAAUCUUUUUUGCAAACAGCAGCUGUCUUAAGAGCAGAAUCUCGAGCCUUGCUGUAAGGGUAGACCAUACUGCUCUAUCAAUCGUAUUGACGGUAUCAAUCGUACGCCUCUUUCAUGUACUGUAUAUACCUUCCAGAGGAGUCUGCUCGACAGAGCAGCGUAGAAUAACCUCGUAACGGGCAUCUAGUUUUGUAAUUUUAGCUGCUUCUCUGUGUGUUCCUAGACAAUGGUAGCUUUAGAAAUACGCGGACUCCAUUUAAAAGCAUGGCAACCAUCUGGUAAGGCAUUGGGAACUCUAGAAGUCUCUGCACCAGAGGGAUGGAAUUUCUGCUAAGCCCCGUUCUACAGGGUGCCAUGCUGUGAACAAUGAACUAGAAGCACCGUUCUAGAAGCACCAUUUCGCUACAAGGAGAGGCUGGCUGGGAACUGCAGGCUGCUCUGGAAAUUGGUGAGACGACUUCCACUUGGUUCUUACGGCUAAACUAGAGCAAACAUAAGAACACGGGAAGCUGCCUUCUGCCGAGUCAGACCACUGGUUCAGCUAGUUUAGCACUGUCUACACAGACUGGCAGCGGCUCUCCAAGGUUACGGGCAGGAGUCUUUCCCAGCCCUACUUGGAGAUGCUGCCAGGGAUGGAACCUGGUACCGUCUGCAUGCAGAUGCUUUUCUGCUGAGAUAUGGCCCCAUCCCAUCCUUCAUAGCAAUAUAGGCAGCUGCUACCUACUGCAAUGGACCAUUGGUCCAUCUAGAGCAGUAUGGUCUACCCCAGUGAUUCUCAGCAUUGGGUCCCCAGAUGUUAGUGGACUUCAACUCCCAUAAUCCCCAACCAAAGGCCACUGGGGCUGAGGAUUAUGGGUCUUGAAGUCCAAUAACAUCUGAGGACCCAACGUUGAGAAUCCCUGGUCUACGCUGACUGGCAAUGCCAGGGAGUAAACAUGGGGCCUUUUGCAUGCAGAUGCUCUUCCACUGGGCUGUGGAAAUGGAUGCUCUGCUGCUGCAUGUUGAGGCCCAUUUGGCCUAAUCCUGGUUAAAGUGACAGAGGAACAUAGCAAGCUGCCAUAUACUGAGUCAGACCAUUGUUCGGUCUAGCUCAGUAUUGUCUUCACAGACUGGCAGCAGCUUCUCCAAGGUUGCAGGCAGGAAUCUCUCUCAGCCCUAUCUUGGAGAUGCUGCCAGGGAGGGAACUUGGAACCCAGAUGCUUUUCCCAGAACAGCUCCAUCCCCUAAGGGGAAUAUCUUCGAGUGCUCACACUUCUAGUCUCCCAUUCAUAUGCAACCAGGGCAGACCCUGCUUAGCUAAGGGGACAAGUCAUGCUUGCUAGGCCUGUGGCUUUAAUAAAGGGAAGGGUGGUUGUUCAGAGGUCAAGCACAUUCUUUGAAGCGCCAAGGAAAGGAUCAAAUUGCAGAAAUGGUCUUGUAUGAGACCACAGCCAGCUGCUGCCCACCAGGGUGAACAACAGUGGAUUGAGCCAACCGACAGUCUGACUCGGUUUAAGGCAGCCUCAUGUAUCUCCCCGCAAUUUGACGUGGUCCAUUCCAAGGACAGUUUCAGCCUGUUUGCCUCGUUCAGGCCUUAACAGCUGCCCUACAGAGCUGCGUUUUGCAAUGCCCAUGCUUAACAAUAUAGUAUAGCAUCCAACUGGCACUUUAUGAAUUGUACUUGCCAAAAUAAGAAUUAGUCAAUGAGCCAGGCCCACAAAUUUUGGCCAUUGGUACCAUCUCUGGGGAUCGGUGGUGGAUUAAUGCGUAGGCAAAGCAGGCACUUGCCUACGGUGUCAAAUUUUGGGGAGCGGCAAAUUUGCCUAUGCAUUAAUCCGCCACUUGCACUUGGGUGGGGGCGGCCAGGAGAAAGUUCAAUCUACUUUGAAAACUGCUGUUAUGAGCUCCUAGUGCACCCGCCUGUCUCCCAGAUUAUGGCAGGUGGUUGGGCUGUCUUCAUACAUGCAUGUCGCAGGGGUGGUGGUGAGAGCUCCUCCCACUGGCCCACCUGCCUCCCAGAUGUCAGGUUGGAUUUUUGGGCCUCUGCGCAUGUGCAUACAAGGCCUGAAAUGGUCUGAAAAUGUCUUAGAAGUUGAUUUAACACCCACCCACCCCCUGCAAGCCCUUUACUUGUAAAGGGGAGCCCUUGCUGUGACCACAAAUCUCUAGUCGCCUAUGGGCGGCAAAUAGCUUAAUCUGCCCCUGCCAGGGAUAAAUUCUCAUAGUGUGUUCUGGCAACGUCUAUCCCUAGAGAUGGACAGUAGAUGCUUGCACUGACAGCUUCCUGUGUGUGAUCACCCCUUCUUUCUCGCUACCUCCCAGCCAUUUCUGUAAAAUUGCAGUCAUUUUUGCACAGAGGAAAAAGUUUGGAUAGCAAUGAGCAAAUGAGUGUACUAUCACCGUGGAGAAAUAUUUGGAGGACGCUCCUGCCAAUGUUCAUUGCCAUUCCUCUGACAACUUGGAUAAAAUGUUGUAGCGGUUCUUAUGUUUUUAAAACUUCUAAAACACCAGUGCAGAUUUGGCCACCGCUGGCCUGAUGGUCAGCACAGUAAAAGCAUAACACACGGAAAGUCUUGCAAUACUAUUGCCUGUUUUCCUUCUCUAGGGGUGUAGCCCUUUUUCAAAAAUCGCAAUGAGCGUUCACCCCAGAUGCUUUCGACAACUAGGGAUGUGCAAGCCAGCUCAAUUUGAACUACGGUUCAAAUUGAACUGGCCCAGUUCGGCUGGUCUGAAUUUGGGGGGUGCUGGUCCGAUUAUGAAGCGCACCAGUUG